UGUCGGUGACCUCAGUGGCGGGCGACCGCGCUCUCGGCUCCUGGGAGCAGCUGGGCACCAUGAGCGGGGAUGAUGACCUGAAUCUCUUAGUCAUCAUAAUUGACACAAACCCUAUCUGGUGGGGAAAGCAGGCAAUAGGGGGAUCCGAGUUUACGUUGUCAAAAUGCCUUGAUGCAGCCAUGGUGUUGGGAAACUCUCACUUAUUUAUGAACCGUAACAACAAGCUUGCUGUGAUAGCCAGUCAUGUGCAAGAAAGUCGCUUCCUGUUCCCUGGAAAGCACUGGGCAGCUGCUGAUCUCUUUGGGGAGGGUGGGGGGAACCCUCUCGAAUCCAAUAUUUCUGGCAGCAAAGAUGGGAAGUACGAGUUAUUGACUACCAUAAAUGAAACCAUUGCAGAGGAGAUAAAGGACCUCAUGACCACAACUGAAAUAAAAGGCCAGCAGACUGAGACGUUACUGGCAGGAUCCCUUGCCAAAGCACUCUGCUAUAUUCACAGGAUGACCAAGGAGGGGAAAGCAAGCCAAGAAAUUAAGUCAAGGAUUUUGGUCAUAAAAGCUGCUGAGGACAGCGCCUUGCAAUACAUGAACUUCAUGAACGUCAUCUUUGCAGCCCAGAAACAGAAUAUUUUGAUUGAUGCCUGCGUUUUGGACUCCGAUUCAGGGCUUUUGCAGCAGGCUUGUGAUAUUACUGGCGGUAUCUACUUGAGAGUGCCCCACGUGCCGUCUCUUCUGCAGUAUUUGCUGUGGGUAUACCUGCCAGACCACGAGCAAAGGUCCCAGCUGAUUCUUCCGCCUCCUGUCCAUGUGGACUACCGGGCUGCUUGCUUCUGUCACAGAAACCUCAUAGAAAUCGGCUAUGUCUGCUCCGUGUGCCUGUCAAUAUUCUGCAGCUUCAGCCCCAUUUGCACCACAUGCGAGACUGCCUUCAAGAUUUCGCUGCCAGCUGUCAUGAAGUCGAAGAAAAAGAAACCGAAAUUAGCCCUUUGACAGCCUUAUUGUUCCUGUCUAUUGCUUCCUGCUACAGUGCAGGUUGUGGUGGCAAAGCUAUGAGUGCCGUUUGCAAGAUGCUGGGAAAGAGUAAGCCCUGAAUUAAAAUGGACUGACAGAGAGCUAUAGCUUUCAGAAGAGUUUUGUAAGUUGGGUGUAACUGCUCAAUGCCCAGUGGGUCGGAAUCUGCACAUCUAAGCCGUUAAUGGUGGUGCAUUCCCCCAGCACAAGGAGCCUUUCCCAAUACGAAGAGGAUUGGAUCCUUCCAGAUCUCUUCCAUGAAUGGUGAUGUCCUCCCCACCGCCUGCAUAAGGAGCCUGCAGCUGUUGCAAGAGCCUCUUGUGACAUGGAAAGGUUCCUUGUGCUGAGAAAAUCACUCCUAAGGCAUCAGAUUGAUGGGAUCCAGCCUAUGUGCUCGUUUUAUAACUUGAAUUUAAAGUCUUACGGUUGAAUCCUACAGAAGUUCUGAUACAAGGAGAGACGAUCUCUUCUGACUCUUCCUGCUGAGCCCCUUGACCUGUGUGAUCUAUUGCCUGUGAAGGGGACUCUUAACAAUCCGCUGUGUUUUUUCAGGGGGCUGCUGGGGGAAGGGAAGGUGGGGAAAGGUCCGCUUCUGCCAGCAGAACACCCGCCGGAUCCAACCCGUAAUGCUGACUGUGCAACGAGCUGAAGUUCUGCUUCAGCUCGUUGAGAUGGAAAGGCAGUGUGUAUAAAGCCAAGGAUUUGGGCUGGAGCUCCUCUAAUGUAACAUCCUUGGGCCAAUUCUGUUUAAACAAUUCAAGCCUUGACACCCUUGUUCCUUCCAACCCUCCAUAUAUUUAAGGAGAACUCUUAAUAUUUUUAGGGACUAGGAUUCAGGCUCUUGGCUGGUCCUGCUGAGCUCCUGUUUGAAUUUACUGCCCGCUUCCAAAACUGCAGAAGAUUUGGCUUCUGGGCCACUCUGAGCUGAGCUCACCGAGUGUUAGCAAUCUGAUAGUUCCAUCCAGGUCUUUUGCUGGCCCAAGUCAGUGAGCCAAACUUAUUCUAGCUUAAUAGCCUGAGAUUUUCCUAAGUGAACCACCUGAAUCUAUUAUCAUAUAAAGCACCCUAAUAAUAAUAGCUUGAGAGUUUGGGUAGCCAAGAGGCUUCUAUGCAUCUCCCUUCAUGGGUACAGUGAAAGACUUUUGUUUUCUGCUCGGCCAGGAAAAGGCAGCUGGUCUGGGGCUCAUCAGUUUUUAAGGCUGUAUUUUGAAAAUUAGGGAGAUUUCAGUCUUACUUGAUUUACAUGCAAGCAAAGUUUUUUGAUAUCAUGUGACUAGCCUUGUCUCCUGUCUGGCUGAUCAUCACAAGGUGUUGGCUUCGUGUGUAAAACUUUUUUUGGUAUGUUGUGCGUACCUCCAAAAACCAACUGUGACUUUAGUCCUUCCGACAUUGGCUUGGCUUCAACAGAGCCAAAGUGCUUGUCCUUUCUUCCUUCUAGAGAUUGUCGCCGUGUGGUUUGCUCCCUGAAUCUGAAACCAGCAAGGUGUGUUCUGUUUGGCGGUCCCAUGGAACUGUUGCUCCCUAGAGACUGUAUAUUAUUAACAGGAUGCAACGUGUUUUUUCAGGCCUGUACAUUCUACCAAAUCCUUUACUGUUUUCUAGCUAAAUGCCGUUUUGUUUUCACUCCGUUUUCAAAAAAAACUUCCCUUAAU